AUGGAGCAAUCAAUCACAAUGAAGAGAAUAAAAUCAGAAAAUUAUUGGAAACCCAAUAAUAAUGAUGAUGCCAAAUCAUCUCAUGAAAAAGUUGAUAUAAAACAAGAUCCAGAAAGGGGUGGAUGGUCAAGCAAAUUAAAUUUUCUUUUCUCUUGCAUAAGUGUAUCUGUUGGAUUGGGAAAUGUUUGGAGGUUUCCAUAUUUGUGCCACAAAAAUGGUGGAGGUGCUUUUUUAAUAACGUAUUUCAUUGCUAUGAUUUUCUGUGGGAUUCCCGUUUUUUUUCAAGAAGUUGCCAUCGGUCAAUAUUUGGGAUGUGGAGGAAUGACUCUUGUCGGUAACAUUUGCCCAUUACUUCAAGGAACCGGAUAUGCGACCAUGACUAUUGUUUUCCUACUGGACGUUUACUAUUGUAUUAUAAUCGCAUGGACAUUAUUUUAUCUUUUGAGCACUUUUACUGUUUUGCCAGAUUUGCCAUGGCAAAGUUGCGGAAAUUGGUGGAACACCGAUAAUUGUUUCGAUGGGAGUAAUAGCAGUGAAAAUAUGGGAAUGGAAAAUUCUAUGGAUUUAACAAACAAUCAUACGACGACUCCAGUCGAAGAAUAUUGGCUACGGCGAGUUUUAAUGCUGAGUAAUGGCAUUACUGAUAUUGGAGGAAUGCAAUGGGAACUUUUCGGGCUGUUAUUUCUUGCUUGGAUUAUAGUUUAUUUAAUAAUUGCCAAAGGUUUGAAUCAAAGUGGAAAGAUUAUUUGGUUCACUGCUCUUUUUCCAUACGCCAUAUUUUUAAUUUUGCUGUUUUACUCGGUAACUCUUACUGGUGCUAUUGACGGUUUAAAAUAUUUUAUAACUCCUGAUUGGUCUAAAUUAACAACUGCAGGAGCUUGGAUAGAUGGCUCAACACAAAUUUUUUUUGCAUACUCUCUGGGAGUGGGUACUUUACCCGCCUUAGGCUCCUACAACAAUUUCAGGCACAAUUGUUACAAGGAUGCUGUUGUUACUUGUAUAGUAAAUACAUUUACUUGCAUAUUGGCUGGAAUAAUAACAUUUUCCAUUCUCGGUUAUUUAGCACAUAUUCAACACACCGAUGUUGAGCAUGUUGUCGCUAGUGGUCCUGGUCUCGUUUUUAUAACGUACCCUGAAGUAGUUUUGCAAUUACCUGGUGCACCCAUAUGGUCUGCAAUUUUUUUCUUUAUGUUAAUGAUUUUAGGAGUGGAUAGUUUAUUUUGCAAUGUAGAGUCAUUUGUUACUGGUGUGGUUGAUCAUUGGUCCCAUAUUUUAAGACCUCACAGAAAGAAGUUUACUCUUGGGGUUUGUUUGAUUAUGUUUGCUCUUGGAAUUCCUAUGGUUACUCAUGGAGGCACUUACAUAUUUCAAAUCAUGGAUUUUUACUCUGCCAGUGGCAUGUGUUUACUAUGGGUGUGCUUCUUUCAAACUAUCGCCAUAUCGUGGGUAUUUGGAGCUGAAAAAUUUGUAAAUUGCAUCAAAGAAAUGACAGGGAAAAAACCAGGUCUUUUCUGGGUCAUUUCAUGGAAAUUUUUAGCUCCAAGUGUUAUGCUGGGAGUUUUCUUUUUCUUUUGCAUUAAAUACGAACCUGUAACUUAUGCAAAUGUAUAUCAUUAUCCUUGGUGGGGAGAAGUAAUUGGAUUAAUUCUUAGUUUUUCAUCAAUGAUUUGGAUACCAGGUUAUGCAAUUUAUUAUCUUAUAAAAACUCCCGGAAGUUUUAAAGAGAAAAUAAAAAAAGGUCUGACAGCAAAAUUAAAUCUUUUGCAAAAAUCAAAACCCACAGCAGUGGAAAGGCAAAAUCCGAUUUUAAUGACAGAGAGUCAAGUUGUUCUCAUUAAUCAAAACAUUCAAUAUUAA